CGCAGGAGAGAACCCGGCGAAGUUUCUUUGUUUUCUCUCUCAUUCCUUCCUUUUUCAUCUUCUUCUUCAGACGUCUGCGUAUGAUAAAACCUUAAUAAGGUAAUCCUCUCCUCUCUCUAGAAUCUUCUUCUCUGUCAAGAUUUGUUGCUGCUUUUCGACAUUGAAGAUCAAUUUAUUAAUUUAACAGUCUCUAUUGGAGCUAAUAAGCAAACCCCUUUGAUCUCUUCGCCAUCUUUUUCUUCUGCUGUGCAUUUGUUGAUGUGUGGUUGAUCUUUUCAGAAUUCAAUCCGUAUUAGGAUCAGACCCUUUUGAUAUUUUCAGUACUGCGUGUCGAUUUUAUGAACAAUUUCUCAUUUGAAGGGGUGUCAAGUGAUAUAAUCCUUUUGUAGUGUUCAUUAAUGGAUGACUAUGGUUCUUCAUCUUCAUACCCAUACAAUAAUUCCUAUGGAUACCCGCAUCAUCCACCUCCUUCAAAUCAUCCAUACCCACCUCCGAAUUCAGAUCCAUAUGCUCCUCCACCACCUCCGGAUUUUGCAUACCCGUACAAUUCUUCAAAUUCUUUCACGUACCCACAACCUAUGUACCCAUCAGUUCCAAGUCCUUCGUUACCACCUUCUUCAGCCCACCAUUCAGGGCCUUUAGAGUAUUAUCACCCUCCGCCACCUCAGUCAGCUCCAAUUCCCUAUCCAUACCCUUAUCCAGUUUCGCCAAUGCCCCUUAGUUCUCCUCAGCCAAGCCUUCAACAGCAUAGUAGUUUCCAAUAUGGGUCAUCCCAUUACCACUACCAACAACCUGAGUCAUACCCACCUAGUGAAACCUAUUCUCAUGCGCCUGGCCGGGCCAAUAGCUUCUCUAGUCAUAGUUCGGGGUCUUUUGGAAUGGGAUCAUCACCGAAUCAUGAAGUUGUUCAUGAUUCCUCACCUUUAUACCCUCCUAUUUAUCCCCAGUUGGACGAUCAUUUAAGCAAUCUGCAUUUGUCUGAUAAUCAUGCAUCUGCCCCUGCUUCUCCCUCAGCGCCUUCAGUGCGGGAUUCUCCUCCAAGGUAUCCGAGUUUGAGUGGAAGUAACUCAUUUUCCAGUGGUUGGGAGUCGUACUCAGGUAGGCAGGAUUCCUCUCUUCAUUCUGCCUAUUACCAUUCAAGCUCGUUUAAUGGCUCGCAGCAUAGUCAGAAUUUGCAGAUUGUGCCCUCUAAAGGGUCCUUGAAGGUUCUGCUUUUACAUGGGAAUUUAGAUAUUUGUGUUAAUGAAGCAAAAAACCUUCCAAACAUGGACAUGUUUCAUAAAACUUUAGGAGAUGUUUUCGGGAAACUACCUGGAAAUGUGAGUAACAAAAUAGAGGGGCAUAUGCCUCAUAAGAUCACUAGUGAUCCAUACGUCUCAAUUUCAGUAUCAGGUGCUGUAAUUGGAAGGACUUUUGUAAUUAGUAACAGUGAAAAUCCCAUCUGGAAGCAAAAAUUCUAUGUUCCUGUUGCACAUCAUGCUGCUGAGGUACACUUUAUGGUAAAAGAUAGUGAUGUUGUGGGAUCACAGCUUAUAGGAGUGGUUGCAAUUCCAGUGGUACAGAUAUAUUCAGGAGCUAAAGUUGAGGGAACCUUUCCAAUCCUCAAUAAUGGGAAGCAAAGCAAAGCUGGAUGUGUCUUAAGCAUUUCAAUUCAAUACAUUCCAAUAGAGAAACUAAGCAUUUAUCAUCAUGGAGUGGGGGCUGGUCCAGAUUAUCUUGGUGUUCCUGGAACAUAUUUUCCACUGAGAAGAGGUGGAACAGUUACUCUUUACCAAGACGCCCAUGUUCCUGAUGGGUGCCUUCCAAGCCCAAUGCUUGCUCAGGGGACGCCUUACGUACAUGGAAAGUGUUGGCAUGACAUCUUUGAUGCAAUAUGUCAGGCCCAGCGUCUGAUUUACAUCACAGGUUGGUCUGUGUGGGACAAAGUUAGACUGGUUCGGGAUGCUAGUUCUGCAGCAGAGUACACCCUUGGGGAACUUCUGAAAUCGAAGUCACAGGAAGGGGUGAGGGUACUGCUUCUUUUAUGGGAUGAUCCUACUUCAAGGAACAUUUUGGGUUAUAAAACAGAUGGAAUCAUGCAAACCCAUGAUGAGGAAACUCGCCGUUUUUUCAAGCACUCCUCAGUGCAAGUGCUACUUUGUCCCCGCUUUGCUGGAAAACGACAUAGUUGGAUCAAGCAGAGGGAAGUUGAAACAAUCUAUACUCACCAUCAAAAAACUGUUAUCCUGGAUGCUGAUGCUGGUUGUAAUAGAAGGAAAAUCAUAGCUUUUGUUGGAGGACUUGAUCUAUGUGAUGGGCGAUAUGAUACUCCUCAUCAUCCUCUAUUUAGGUCACUGGAAAAGGAGCAUAAAGAUGACUAUCAUAACCCAACUUUCACGGGGAAUGUUGCUGGUUGUCCCAGAGAACCAUGGCAUGACAUGCACUGUAAAAUAGAUGGUCCCGCAGCAUAUGACGUUCUGACCAACUUUCAGGAGCGCUGGUUAAAAGCUGCUAAACCCCAUGGGAUAAAAAAAUUGAAGAUGUCCUAUGAUGAUGCUCUGCUCAAGAUAGAAAGAAUUCCUGACAUCCUUGGGAUUUCUGAUGCUCCUUGCCUUGGUGAGAAUGAUCCUGAGGCUUGGCAUGUUCAGGUUUUUCGCUCAAUUGAUUCAAAUUCUGUUAAGGGCUUUCCGAAGGACUCAAGGGAUGCUUUACAAAAGAACCUGGUAUGUGGGAAGAAUGUAUUGAUUGACAUGAGCAUACAUACAGCAUAUGUAAAGGCGAUUCGUGCUGCCCAGCAUUUUAUCUAUAUUGAAAACCAGUAUUUCAUUGGGUCUUCAUUCAAUUGGACUUCUUACAAGAACUUAGGUGCCGACAAUAUAAUUCCAAUGGAAAUUGCUCUUAAAAUUGCCAAUAAAAUCAGAGCCAAUGAGAGAUUUGCUGCAUAUAUAGUUGUUCCAAUGUGGCCUGAGGGAGUUCCAACAGGUGCCGCUACACAGAGGAUUCUGUUUUGGCAGCACAAGACAAUGCAAAUGAUGUACGAAACCAUUUACAAGGCUUUAGUAGAGGUUGGACUUGAGGAAGCAUUCACUCCACAAGACUAUUUGAAUUUCUUCUGUCUUGGCAAUCGCGAAGCUGUAGAUGGGAGUGAAACUCCAGGCACUACGAGUCCUACUGCAGCAAACACUCCUCAAGCACACAGUAGGAAGAACCGUCGAUUCAUGAUCUAUGUUCAUUCAAAAGGCAUGAUAGUUGAUGAUGAGUACGUGAUAUUGGGGUCUGCAAACAUCAACCAGCGCUCUAUGGAAGGCACUAGAGACACAGAAAUUGCAAUGGGAGCAUACCAACCUCACUAUACCUGGGCACGGAAACUGUCUAAUCCACGUGGACAGAUCUAUGGAUACAGGAUGUCCCUGUGGGCAGAGCAUACCGGAACCAUUGAGGACUGCUUCGUGGAACCAGAGAGUCUGGAAUGUGUAAAGAGGGUUAGGUCCAUGGGUGAGAUGAACUGGAAACAAUUUGCAUCGGACGACAUAUCAGAAAUGAGGGGACACCUCCUGAAGUACCCAGUUGAAGUUGAUCGAAAGGGCAAGGUGAAGCCCAUUCCCAAAUGCGAAACUUUUCCAGAUGCAGGAGGAAACAUCGUGGGAUCAUUUCUUGCCAUUCAGGAGAAUCUUACCAUUUGAUCAGUGGGUCACUUCCCCCAUGGUCAUGUAUGGUAUACACUUUUGAGCUCCUAGUGUCAUCUUUUAUUCUGAUUGUAGCACAGAACAUCAUUUGAAACUACAGCAUACUUGUUUCAAAACAACUAAUCAUGUCAAUAGAUGUAUGUUUGUAAAGCCUUUUUGAAAGAGAUAUAAUGUACAUGUUUAUAUAUUAAAGUACAGUUGCAGAAA